AUGGUUUCAUCGGUGUGUGUUUGGCUAUUUUGCUGCCUCGUUCUCCUCACCAGACCCUCUUAUGGCUUAUCCCACCAGGCCAGAGCAAAGGAAGAUAUCCUCACCAAUGGUUCUGCUGAACCCCUGCCGCCCGCCGGCUCCCCUCUUGUUGCCCGCGUACACCUACACACGGGAAGUAUCAGUGAGGUGCCAGAUGCCCCCACGGACAGUUCUCUAACUCAGCAGGCCGGUGGCCCUGAAGGCGAGAAUGCAAAACGAGAAGAGCCCUCUCAGGCUCCAGCAACCGCAGACCCUUUCUCUGCUUUGCAGACUUCCCAGGGCAAAGAAGGCGAAGAAUGCUCCUGCGUCUUUGCGGGAUCCUGCCUCUACAAAGGAGCAUGCCUUUGGAUUGCCGGCUGCUUGUCUUUCGCGGUUCUUGCAUUCUUGUUCUUCGUUGCCUGGGGUCUGCAGUGGGUGGUGGCAAUUCCCGCAGAGUGGAUCCUGGCCAAGAAACCUUUUCGCGAAGGCAAAGUGAAAAGCGAAUCCCCUCAGCCCACCAACACCGCAUCACUUCUGCAAGAUUAG